AUGAACUCUUACCACCUCAAACUGGACCUCUACCCAUCGCCACCCUCCCCGCAACCAGAUCAACUCCCUUCUCACUCAAUAACUGCAGCAUUAACUUCUUCCACUGCACCAUCCAAGUCACAGCAUCAAGGACACGGACCUGCUCAAGAGCCGACAGCACGGUUCCAGACCCUCUUCAAACCUUUUCCUCAACAGACACACCGCCAGCAACAACUGCCCCCUCAGAGUACACCCUCUAUCACCUCGCAUUCUUCAGCACAGAAACAGAAUAACAAGCAAGAGGCAUCGACAGCAUUGACGAUCCCUCACCCAAAAGACGACUACAGGUUCGGACAUAUCUCUGUCUCCUCUCUCGACCAACCCGCAGCAACCUCUGCCCCUGUCAUCAAAGAGAAGUCAGGCAACAUUUCCGCGACAGCCGCUACCGCAAACAACAGCAAUAACAAGAACCGCACUACCAAGAACAGGAAAAUGCCACCAUCGACUACUACUGCCGGGACUGUAACCACAGCAACGACGAGGUUUAUGGACUCGGAGCCUGUACACGGGAUUCUGCGCCUCUACAGAGACACUAACGAGAUCACCACCGGCGAGAUUACUACCACCACCAAGCAAGAGGCAAGUUCCACCACGACAACGACCUCCUACUCGGCGGCGCUAUCGACUGGGACAACCGACGCGAUUGCACAACCAGUAGUAGCAACAGGAGCAGAGGCAGGAACACACGAGCAUGGCACGCAGAUUAUUCAACCGGACCAAGGAACCUCAGUCUGUGUCCUGGCUGUGCCUAGCUACCUCUCGCCAGGCGACUUUUUGAAUUUUGUUGGACCUGUCCGUCCCAACGUCUCUCACUUUCGCAUCAUCCGUGACUCGGUGCCGAAUCGAUUCAUGGUGCUGAUGAAGUUCAGGACCAAGGAGGCAACCACAGAGUUCUACACACGCUACAACGGCAAAGCAUUCAGCUCCCUUGAGCCGGAAAUUUGCCAUGUGGUGCAUCUAAAGUCGAUCGAGAUCCGGGCAGGAAGUAUGCCACCUUAUGCUUUCCCCUUCCUCAACGACGACCCAUUCCUCCAGAGCCAUCAUUCAUCUUCCACAGCAGCAACACAGCCAAAAGUAGGAGAAGGAUCGCCUCACCACCAACAACAUGGAAGCAACAACAGUCUGUCAAUGUCCUCGCUACAGUCAGAUCACGGACUUGCAGAACUGCCGACGUGCCCUGUCUGUCUGGAGCGUAUGGAUUCCUCUGUCACAGGUACAGGACUAUCGGCGACGACGGAUGGGGUGUCGGAGGACCAGAAUGUAUGUGCGAUCUGUGGGACGACCGAGAACUUGUGGAUCUGUCUGAUCUGUGGUCAUAUCGGAUGUGGACGGUACCAAGAGAAGCACGCCUAUCACCAUUACUACGAGACCUCGCACCUAUACGCUUUGGAGCUCGAGAGUCAGCGCGUGUGGGAUUAUGCGGGCGAUGGGUAUGUGCACCGGUUGAUCCAGAACAAGGCUGAUGGGAAACUGGUCGAGUUGCCCAGUGCGGUCGAUGGAACGUUGCCGAGUCAGCAUUCUGUCCAGGUCGGGCAGGAGAAGUUGGACGCGAUUGGGUUGGAGUACACGUAUCUGUUGACAUCUCAACUUGAGUCGCAGAGGUUGUACUUUGAUGCGCAGAUGGCGGCCAUGACGGCGCAGCUUGCACAGCUGGGCAAGGAAGCGAAGGACUGGGAGCAGGAGGCGUCGUUGAUGAAUCAGAAGAAUCGGGAGUUGGCUAUCAUAGCCGAGUCGCUUGAGAAGGAGAAACUGCCUAUGCUUGUCAAGGAGAAGAAGGCGGCUGAGAAGCGGAUGGAAAAGAUGCAGGAGCGAUUGCAGGCUCUGGAGAGGCAGUAUGAAGAAGAGAAGGAGAUGAAUAUUGGAUUGAUGACGAACCAGGACAGUAUCCGGACAAAGUUGCAGGAGAAGGAGGCAGAGAUCCUGGAGUUGCAGGAUCAGGUCCGGGAUAUGAUGAUUUAUCUGGACACGCAGCAGAAGAUUGAGUCGAGUUCCCUGAAGGAUGAGUUGGCGAAUGGAACUGUGGGCGUUGUUGUUCAACCGCCACAGACUUCACCGCCUUCUGGCAACCAUUCUCGACGGAAAGGACGCAAAUAA